AUGGCUCUUCAUCAGCUUAUUCUAGUUUUCAAUAUUUUCCUCUUUGCUGGGAGCUCAUUGAGGCUGCUAGAAUCAGUCACCCCUGAUGGUACAAAUGAUCGACUUGCUUUGCUGGAGUUUAAGAAACAAAUAAUUGAUGAUUUGUUGGCCAAUUGCACUCGUCUAAGAGAAAUUCACUUCUCCUUUAACAAUCUCGUCAGGAAGAUUCCGGUUGAACUAUUUACGUCUUUGUCAAAGCUAGAGAUAAUUUCUAUUAAUGACAAUGGCUUAAUAGGAGAAAUACCAGCUUCUUUUGGAAACAUUUCCUCCCUCCGAGUCAUCUCUUUGAAUGGAAAUGAACUGCAGGGGAGCAUUCCAGAAUCCUUUGGUCAGCUAACAAACCUAAACUUUCUAUCACUUGGUCAAAACAAGCUAUCUGGUAUGUUCCCUGUCUCACUACAUAGUCUCUCAUCUCUUGAAGUUAUUUCUUUCUACCGAAACCAACUGCAUGGGAGCCUUCCACCAGACAUAGGCCUCACUCUUCCAAAUCUCAUUAAACUAUUACUUGGAAUUAACUUUUUCUCAGGAAGCAUUCCAAAUUCCAUAUCCAAUUUUUCAAAACUCGAAAUAGUUGAUCUCGGGGAUAACAAUUUUAUUGGACCAGUCCCUAACAACUUAGGAAAUCUUCAAAACCUUCAAGUAUUCAGUAUUGCUGGAAAUCAAUGUGGAACAGGGAAAUCUGAUGAUUUUGAUUUCUUAAAAUCAUUGGUGAAUUGUACACAUCUGAGGUUUUUGGCCCUACAAAUUAAUUGUUUUAAGGGUCCCCUUCCCAACUUUAAAGCCAAUCUCUCAACACAGCUCUCGAUACUUCAUUUGGGAGGGAAUCAAAUAUCUGGAAUCAUUCCUACUGGGAUUGAGAAUCUCAUCAACUUGACCGAUUUGAGCUUGGGUGAGAAUUUUUUGGAAAGUAAUAUUCCUUCUGUUAUCGGGAAACUUCCAAAGCUUCAAAGAUUAUUGUUGGGUGGAAAUAGACUUUCUGGACAGAUACCUUCAUCUAUAGGCAAUCUCACUUUUUUGUAUGAACUCCACUUAGAAGGCAACAACUUGAAUGCAAGCAUUCCUACUAGCAUUGGGAAUUGUCAACGGUUACAGUACCUAAACCUUAGUCACAAUAACCUCCAAGGCCCAAUACCUAAGCAACUCUUUCUUAUUUCCUCCUUAUCAAUAUCUCUUGACUUAUCUUCUAAUUCUUUGGUCAGUUCCCUACCAAUUGAAAUUGGAAACUUGAAGAGUCUUUCUACAAUAGAUAUCUCCAAUAAUAAACUGUCUGGAGAAAUUCCCUCCUCUGUUGGUGACUGUAAUAGUUUGGAACAUCUUUAUAUGGGUGGUAAUUUGUUUGAAGGAACCAUUCCUCAAUCUUUGACUCUUUUGAAGGGGCUUCAAGAUUUAGAUCUCUCACAUAACAACUUGUCGGGACAAAUCCCACAAGAUCUAGAGAAACUUUCAGUGUUGCAAAGUUUGAAUUUAUUCAUCAAUAAUCUUAAGGGGGAGGUACCAACAAAAGGAAUCUUUGGAAAUGCAAGUGCAAUUUUAGUGAAUGGAAAUGAUAAGCUUUGUGGGGGAAUUGCAGAGUUACAUAUGCCCACAUGCAAAAACCAUGGAUCUGCCGAACGAGAAAAGUCCAAGGCUUUUAGAAUAGUUCUGACAAUAAUCGGUAUGUACAAAGGGAUUAUUGAUCAGCAUGAAACAAUUGUCGCAGUCAAGGUACUCAACCAUCAAAAUCCAAGAGUUUACAAGAGCUUUAUGGCUGAAUGUAAAGCACUAAGAAACAUUCGGCAUCGAAAUCUUGUCAAGAUCUUAACUUCCUGUUCAAGUCUUGAUUUAGAAGGCAAAGAUUUCAAAGCACUUGUUUAUGAGUUCAUGCCCAAUGGGAGUCUAGAUGAUUGGUUGCAUCUGCCAAUGCAGGCAAAUAAUCAUUCAAGGAGUUUAGGCCUUCUUCAAAGACUCAACAUCGCAAUUGAUGUGGCUUUUGCAUUGGAUUACCUUCAUUACGACUGUUAUGUGCCAAUUGUUCAUUGUGACUUGAAGCCAAGCAAUAUUCUAUUCGACAAUGAUAUGACUGCACAUAUUAGUGAUUUUGGUUUGGCAAGGCUACUUGUAGAACCUGACGACAAUUCAUCCCAGGCACAAACUAGUACCAUCGGGAUAAAAGGAUCUAUUGGAUAUGCUGCUCCAGAAUAUGGCAUGGGUGGAAAGGCAACUAUACAAGGGGACAUAUUCAGCUAUGGGAUCCUUUUAUUAGAGAUGUUCAUAGGAAAAAGGCCAACAGAUCAGAUGUUUUCCGAUGACUUGAAUCUCCGUAACUUUGCAAAGGCAGCUUUACCUGUACACGUGAUGCAAAUUUUUGAUCCAAUACUCCUACCCAAGGAAGAACACAGUGAAGAAAGUGAAGAUGAAGCUAUCAACAAAACUGAUGGUCCUAGUCAUAGGACAAAUAAAUUGCAAGAUUGCAUGGCUUCAAUAAUUGAAAUUGCACUCCAAUGUUCCAUGGAAUCGCCAAGAGAACGUUUGAACAUGAAAGAUGUUGUGAGGGAACUACGUUUAAUCAAGGGAAAUUUUCUUGAAGCUCUAUAAUUACAGAGGAAAUACGCCUGAUUAGAAGGUAAUUCUUACUUUAUUACCUUUGUAGUUCUUGUGUUGUCUUGGAAGUUUAAUGCUCAUGAAAA